AUGGACAUGAUGGAAGAGAUCAUGAGCAGAGUUCCGGGUGCCUCGACCACCACUACAGUUCCCAAGUUUGAAGCUUUCGAUCCGGCCAAAGCGAACUGGGAAAAUUAUCUCUUUCAACUUCAGCAACACUUUGCGGCAAACUCUAUCACAGAGGAGAAUGUGAAGAAGUCAUUUUUCUUGUCAUCAUGCGGCGAUCAUCUUCUAGACCUAUUGAAGAAACUUUUUGAGACAACAGACGUAAGUACACACACUUUUAGCAAGCUAACCUCACAGCUCACAAAACAUUUCAAAUCCGAUUUGCAUAUCCUGGCUUCGAGAUGUAAAUUUCUUCGUCAUCAAAUGUCUCAAGGACAAAGCUACAGUGACUGGAUCGCGGAUCUCAAGGGCCUUGCCAAGGACUGUGCAUUCACGUGCCGUAAAGAAGGGUGUAAUCACUCUUAUGCUGAAUAUAUGAUCCGUGACAUGAUAGUCUUUUAUACACCGCAUGAUCAAAUACGUUUGCAAGCCACGCAGGACAGCGAUCCUUCCUUACAAAAGAUGGAGAGUAUCAUCACAGCUUUUGAGUUAUCGCAGAAAGCCACAUCAAUCUUGAAGGAAGGAGAAAGAAAACCAAUGUCUACCACCGCCGCAGUUGAAGUCAACGCUAUUUACUCGAGUAAGUCACAAAACGCCAAUUAUUUAAAUAGAAAGUCAUGUCCUGAUUGCAACGUGCAACAUGACCGCCAAAAUUGCAAAUAUUUAGAUUUUGUAUGUGACAAAUGCCAUCGACGUGGGCAUAUCCAGAGCGUAUGUCUCUCGAACAAAAAACAAAAUACACGUGAUCGACGUCGUAGGAAACGGGAUUAUUCUCAAAACCGACAAAGCAAUCGCUCAAGCUCCAAGCAUCGUCAUUACCAAUCGCGUUCACAUAAUAAUCAAAAUACUUUGAAUAAAGAUUUUAGAGAAACGGCACAUUUAAUACACGAAGUGCAGCAUGAAGACAUAUGCACUCUAAAAGAAUCAAUUGGUCAAUGCGAAGAAUCAAAAAAGAGAUUAAUUGUGUCACUAGAAGUAAACAAAGUCCCGCUUGAUUUUCAAUUAGACACGGGGGCUACCUGCUCAUUAAUAGGUUUGCAAGGUUAUCGGAAUUUAGGAGAACCAAUUUGUGCAACGACCGACCGAGUACUGAGAGCAUAUGGUAAUAUUAAAAUUCCCAUUAAAGGCAUGAUUUCGGCAGAGAUUAUUUGGAGGGGUAUUGUACGUAGAUUGCCUUUAUUAGUAGUCGAUAGCGAAUAUGGUUCCAACAUUAUGGGAAUGGACUUGUUUGAUGCGUUUGAUCUUAGCAUAAAGCAACAAAGUGAAGAAAAAGCUCUACAUGUUUCAAGUGACAAUUCUGACAAAGAGCAGCAACAACUAGCUUUAGAAGCAAAAACACUUUGUGAACGUAAUAAAUCAGUGUUCAAUUCAGAGCUGGGAUGUAGCAAUAGUUACGUUGGUCAUUUGGUAUUAAAGGCUGAUGCACAACCAAAAUUUUGUAAAUAUCGACCCGUCCCUUUUGCCCAAAAAGAAAAAGUGAAAGCCGAAAUAGAUAGACUUCUUAAGCUGGGUAUUCUCCGGCGAAUUGAGACAAGUCAAUGGGCUGCCCCCAUCGUCCCUGUUCAAAAAGCGAAUGGUUCGAUUCGUAUUUGUGGCGAUUUCAAGCAAACAAUAAAUCCGCAACUAAUAGUAAAUCGUCAUCCAUUGCCACGGGUCUUGGACAUUUUUCACAGUCUUGAAGGUGGUUGUUAUUUUACGAAAAUAGAUCUCUCUGAUGCUUAUUUACAGAUCCCGUUAGAUGAGGAGUCUCAGAAAAUCUGUGUCAUUUCCACUGAGUUUGGUCUGUUUCAAUAUCUACGUGUACCUUUCGGUACAGCUAGCUCUACGGGAAUUUUUCAAAACUACAUCGAACAAUUGACAACCGGGCUGUUUGGCGCAGCUUAUGUCGAUGAUGUCAUUAUUUCUGGGAGAAGCAAAGGAGAGCAUUUGGAUAAUCUAAAGACUUUUCUUGAACGUCUUGAGAGUCAUGGUCUACGAUGCCGUCUAGAAAAAUGUGAAUUUGCCAAAAGCAAAAUCGAGUACCUGGGUCAUAUAAUAGACGCAACUGGCAUUCGUCCGUCUGAGUCACGACUACUUGCCAUCAAAGACUUGCCCGAGCCCAGCAACUUGAAGGAACUAGAAGCAUUUGUAGGAAAAAUAAACUACUAUAAUCAGUUUAUAGAAAAUUUUGCACAAAUUGCUGCCCCGUUAAAUAAACUUCAAUCGAAGAAUGUAAAAUUUAUAUGGGGAGACGAGCAGCGAAAAGUUUUCCAAAUAUUUAAAGAGAAACUCAUGAGUGUAUCGAGGUUAGUUCAUUUUCAAAAUGAUCUGCCAGUCUCUUUAGCGACAGACGCAUCGUCGCAUGGUAUUGGCGCGGUAAUAUCUCACAUAUAUCCGGACGGAUCUGAGAAACCGAUAGCUUUUGCUUCGAAGACAUUAACAGAAUCCCAGAAACGCUACAGUCAGAUCGAAAAAGAAGCUUUGUCGAUCAUAUUCGGAAUAAAAAAGUUUCACCAGUACUUGUUUGGGGACGAUGUCGAGGACGAUGAGCCACCACCUACCAACAAACAACAACCAUUCGACCAACAGACGGACGCACAUAAAAAAUUCCAGGACACCAGGACAGAAACAUCAAGGACAUUCUCUUUUCUACCCGAUGAUGAUGCUGCUGUCCCAUUCAUAGGAUGUUUGCUGCAACAGCAGGAGCAACUUUUAUCGAUACGAGGACGAGCAUUGGAAAAGUUUUUUAUGAAAACAAGGCCUGUCGUUUUGACUUCUCAUCCCAAACCAAUUUGGGAAGUUGAUUCUAAUACAGCCGACGACAAAUGUCAUAUGGAUUUAGCUUAA